CCUCAACCGAGCUACGCGAGGGCUUUGCACCAAAGCCCAUGCUCCGGCCCAGCCUGGCGGCUGCUGUGCAGCGCUCCAGCACAGUUCCCAGCCGCCCCAACGACGGGGGCUCUGGCCGGGUCUACAGCAGCGCGCCGCACGCGGCGCCACACGUGGCGCCACGCGCGGCACAGCAGGCGCAGCAGGCGCAGCAGGCGCAGCAGGCGCAGCAGGCGCAGCAUGCUGUGGGCUUUGGCUACCCUGCAGGCGCCAAGGCGAUGGCUUCCAAUCCGACGGGCUUGGAGGACAAGGAGGAAAAGGAGAAGCUGCGAAGGGACCUGCGCCGGUCGGAGGAGAAGGCGAACUUCUUCCGAAAUCAGGUGAUCACUCUGCAGCAGCAGGUGUCCUCCAUGAGCUGCCCCAUCAUGGCUGCACAGGAGGCCUCAGCGCUGCCAGAGGAGCUGGCGAAGCUGCGGCAAGGCUUGGCGGAGGAGCGGCAGCUGCGGGUGGAGCUCCAGCAACGUUUGCGCCAAUCCGAGGAUGGCGAGGCGGCCAAGGAGGGCGAGCUGCAGGCCGCCAAGGCGCAGGUUGCGCUGCUGGAGCAGCACCUGGCGGAGGCAAGGAGGGACCUGCAGCAGGCGCAAGCGCAGGCGCAGGCGCAAGCGCAGGCGCAGGCGCAAGCGCAGCAGGCGCAGCAGGCGGCAACUACCAACGCACAGUUCCGAGCGCCGCUGCCGAGCUGGACCUCCGCGGUGACGGUACCCACCAGCUCCUUCCAGCUGGACUCCCCGGGCACCGUCUUCACCGAGCGCUUCGAUGAGGCCCCGGCGAGCCGGGGCCAAAAACGGGCGCUCAUCGUUGGGUGCGACUACCUGCAGAAGCCGGGCACGUUGCGGGCCGGCGUGGCCGAUGCGCUGCAGUGGUACAGAUUCUUCCAGAAGAGGUGUGGCAUGACUGAGCAGGACAUGCAACUGUUGGUGGAUGACCCCUCGCAGGAGGUGUCGCUGUCUCCUACGCGAGACAACAUGCUGAGGGGCCUGCAGUGGUUGGUGGCGCAGGCCACGCCGGGGCAUCAGCUCUUCUUCGUGUUCUGCGGCCUCGGUGCUCAGGUGCCCGUCUCAGAGGGCCCGGACAAGCGGCUCUGCGAGUGCGCCUUGGUGCCCACCGACGCCACGGGCGACAGCCCGCGCUUGGUGCGGGAUGUUGAGAUACACCAGGCGCUGGCGACCCUGGGCUACGGAGUGCAGGUGACCCUCAUCAUCGACAGCUGCCAUGCCGGGCGGCCCCUGGAUCGCAGCAUGGACCACUGCUUUGAGCACGUGAGCCGUGGCCGUGUGGACUACGAGAAGCUGCGUCACCACCCCGUGCUGCCGCGGUUUCUGGAGAUGGCCCACUGGCCCCUGCAGCCGCCAGCGCCCUCCGCCCCCAGCCGCCUGAAAUGCCAGGCGGUGCUGUGGGCGGCCUGCGAAAAUCCGCAGUUCUGCGUGGAGCUGCCUAUCGACGAGCGACCCAGGGGAGUGUUCUCUUACAUCUUCAUCAGCUCUCUGUUGAAGGUCGGGGUCCAGGCCUCCUGCGCUCAGCUCCUCUACGAGGCUAAGGACCUCACCUCGCAGCUCAAGGGCAGGUGGAGGCUGCAGCAAGAUUUGCACUUCGAGCACUGCCAAGCGACCUCAGACCAGCAGCCCUUCCUGCGCUUUUGAGAGGUGUUUCUCCAAACGUCCUGUCAAACGAAACCGAAGCUCCUCCAAAAGCAGGGGAGCUUCGUAUCAGACCGUCAAUGAGCCUCUCGCAGAUC